GGUUUUUUUCGCCCUCGGGCGACGCGAUGGCAUCCCCCAGCGGCGGCGUCCGGCGCAGCGCCCCAGAGGACCGGCCUGCCCUGCCGCGGCAGAGCGCCGCGGGCCCCAAGAGCGCCACGUCCGCGGCAGGGCCCCGGGGCGCGGGGCAGCCGGCCGCCCCGCGCGGCACAG